UUGUUGGCACGUUGAUGAACGACCAACACACUGGGACAGUGGUUAAUCAAAUAAUAAUAAUAAUCAAUUAAAAUAAGGCCAGUGCCACUGUGUCCCAUUGUGCAGCAACCAGAAUUGGAUUGCGUGAUCAAGGUCAAGUGUAGGAACAACAACAACCACCAUCAACAACGACACAAUGAGUCAAUUUGCAAAGAUUUUGCAACGUGAGUUUCCGGCCAUAGACAAUGAGCUGAAGGAUUACGUUGAGGGCGUCCUCACUGGCAGCGAGGAGGACUUUAACACCUGCGAUGACAUCUUUGAGGCUGUCGGUGACAUACUGCAAGGUAUCGAUGGUGAACGGUCCGAGGAGAAUAUUCGGGGGCUAUGCGAUGAAUUUUUCAUCAUAAUGAAGAACAAUUCGAAGGACGUUGAGCGCAAGGUGCUCAAUGCACCCGUUAAUAUCGAGGAAAUGGCCAGGAAUAUGGAGCGUAUGGACAAGGAUAUGCAAAGCAUUUGGGUGGUCAACAAGGAUGGCGCCAAUAAAGUGGACUCCAGGAAACUGGAAAAAGCAGAGGCUAAACUGAUGCAGAAGCAGGAGAAACGCCAGGAGGUAACCAAGCAGGGGGUUGUGCCGGUGGCCGUCAAGCUGCAAACGGCCACUGCCUCGCAGGUGACCAACAAGAAGAACACCAAACUGGAUCAAAAAGGUCUCAAUCGUUCCAUGGACAUUAAAAUUGAAAACUUCGAUUUGGCAUUCGGUGAGAAGGUGCUGCUGCAGAAUGCCAAUUUGCUGUUAUCCUUUGGUCGACGCUAUGGUCUGGUUGGUCGCAAUGGUCUUGGCAAGACGACGCUGUUGCGUAUGAUUGCUGAGCGACAGUUGCAAAUACCAUCGCACAUCACCGUGCUGCAUGUGGAGCAGGAGGUGGUUGGCGAUGAUACCACGGCCGUGGAGAGUGUGCUCGAGUGUGAUACGGAGCGUACAAGGCUAUUGGCGAGGGAAAAGGAAAUUCUGGCUGCGUUGAAUAGCGGCGUACAGGAUGCGACGCUCUCCAGCGAACUAAGUGAUACGUAUGCCGCACUGCAGAAUAUUGAGGCGGACAAGGCUGUGGCACGCGCUUCUGUGAUACUUAAGGGUCUUGGCUUUGAUGCCGACAUGCAGCUCAGACCAACCAAAUCAUUCUCAGGCGGAUGGCGUAUGCGUUUGGCAUUGGCACGUGCGCUGUUCUCUAAACCGGAUCUGCUGCUGCUUGAUGAGCCGACGAACAUGUUGGACAUUAAGGCCAUUAUUUGGCUGGAGACUUACUUGCAAACGUGGCUCACAACCAUUUUGGUGGUGUCUCACGAUCGCAACUUUUUAGAUACGGUGCCCACGGACAUCAUCCAUCUACAUUCCCAGGAGCUGGAGGCAUAUAAGGGCAAUUAUGAGCAGUUUGAGAAGACGAAGACGGAGAAGCUAAAGUCGCAGCGUCGCGAAUACGAGGCACAAUUGGCGCAUCGGGCUCAUGUUCAGGAAUUUAUUGAUCGCUUCCGCUACAAUGCAAAUCGAGCCUCAUCUGUACAGUCCAAAAUCAAGAUGCUUGAGAAGCUACCCGAGCUGAAGCCGGUGGAGAAGGAGACGAUUGUUACCCUCAAAUUUCCGGAAGUGGAGCCACUUAAUCCGCCCGUGCUGGCCAUCUCAGAAGUCACGUUUCGUUACAAUCCCGAGGAUCCGUUGCCCAUUUUCAAGGGCGUUAAUCUAUCGGCCACCUCGGAUUCGCGAAUCUGCAUUGUGGGCGAGAACGGAGCGGGUAAAUCGACGCUGCUUAAGAUCAUUGUCGGCCAACUGAGCACCAUCUAUGGCAACAUUGUGCUCCAUCGCGGCCUGCGCAUUGGCUACUUCGCCCAGCAUCAUGUCGACCACUUGAAUAUGAAUGUGACCUGUGUGGGUGUGCUGGCCGAACUAUUUCCCGGCCGGCCGGAUGAGGAAUAUCGACGACAACUGGGCAGUUUUGGUGUUUCGGGUCCAUUGGCUCUGCAGAGCAUUGCCAGCUUAUCCGGUGGACAAAAAUCACGUGUGGCCUUAGCGAAAAUGUGCAUGGCGGAACCAAAUUUCCUGGUGCUGGAUGAACCGACAAAUCAUUUGGACAUUGAAACAAUCGAUGCCCUUGGCAAAGCGAUAAAUGCAUUUAAGGGCGGAGUCAUUCUGGUCUCUCACGACGAGCGACUUAUUAAGGUCGUUUGCAAGGAGUUGUGGGUCUGCGGCAAUCGCACAGUUCGCGCUAUCGAGGGUGGUUUGGAUGAGUAUAAGCGGGAGGUUUACAAGGAAAUCGAAGCCAAUAGUUGAAUUUUAUUUAAUUUACAAGAAACAGAAUAUGUGAAACAAUUUAGCAAUAAAUUUGUAGUAUGUCAAUGAUA